GAGAAGAAGAAGAAGAAGAAAACUUAAAGAAGUUUUAAGCUUCCUCAGAAAAGGCCAAAACUAGAGGCAGAUACAAUUGCAAGCAGAUAUCAAAGGAGAGAAUUUAAGACAGAACCGCAUAAACUCAUCAACCAAAAUUCAAAGAGUUAGUGUGUGAGUGUGUGAAAGAGAAAUAGAUAGAGAGAUAUGGGGAGGGCUCCUUGCUGUGAUAAGGCUAAUGUGAAGAAAGGGCCAUGGGCACCUGAAGAAGAUGCAAAGCUCAAGGAGUUCAUAGAGAAAUAUGGGACUGGAGGAAACUGGAUUGCCCUUCCUCAAAAAGCUGGUCUGAAAAGAUGUGGGAAGAGCUGCAGGUUGAGAUGGCUGAACUAUCUGAGGCCAAACAUAAAACAUGGAGAAUUUUCAGAUGAUGAAGAUCGAAUCAUUUGCAGCUUAUAUGCAAACAUUGGAAGCAGGUGGUCAAUUAUAGCUGCACAGUUGCCAGGAAGGACAGAUAAUGAUAUCAAGAACUAUUGGAACACAAAGCUGAAGAAGAAGCUCAUGGGAAUGGUUCCUCCAUUGGACCAAAGGAAAUUAUUAACUCCUUUUUCAACUUCUCUUCUCCAAACCACAACCAACUCAUCAUCAUCAUCAUUUUCCAGUACCCUUUCUCAACUGUGCAGAGAGUACAAUGUUUAUAAUUACAACAGUACUACUUCUCCCUCCAGUACUAAAUCCCUCAUCACAGGGUUUGAUUCCAUUGCUUCUUCUUUCCAGCCAAAUCUGAUGUUCAACAACAACCACAACAACAUUAUACCUUUUGCUAAUAAUCAUCAUUCUUCCUAUCUUCAAUCUGGACAAGAGGGCUUCAACUUGAUUAACCAUUCCAUGCAGUUUUACCCUGGGAAGGACAACAUGCUCAUGUUUGGAGGAACUGAUCAAGCCAGUUGUUCAUCAUCUGAUGGAAGCUGCAGCCAAAUCAGCUAUGGUGGAAAAGAGAUCAAACAAGAGAUGAAUGGCGGUCUUCAGGGUUUCUAUCCAAGCAGUACUAAUGGGUAUGAUCAUCAUCAACAAGAAAGCAGUCAAAAGUUCAUGCUUGAUUAUGGAAACAACAACAACAACAACAACAAUCUUCAGUUCAGUUCAUGGGGUGGUCCUCAUCAUCAUCAUCAGGAAGUUCAAAAGCCAACAUCAAAUGGAUUUGGUAAUUCAAACAGUAGUAACACUACUACUUCAGCUCAACUUCAGUAUGAUCUUGAGGAAGUGAAGCAACUGAUUAGUUCAAAUCCAAACAGCCUGUUGUUCAAUGAUGAAAACAAGACUCAUGAGAGGGCUCCUCCUUUGUACUACUAUUGAUCAUCAUCAUGAAUGAUGAUGGUUUUUUUAUUUAAGGAAAAAAAAAAGAAAAAAAGAACUGACUUUGUAAAGAGUACUAUUAUCAGAAUUCAGAAAGAAAAGAUUUGAAGUGGCCUUUCUUUUGCAUUGGGAGGAGGGGGUUAGCUAGCAGCUGCCUGCUGCUUAGCUUAGCUUAGCAGCAGCAGAGAUUCAGAUCAGACUUUGAGUGAGGGUUUUUUCAUUGGGGUAUGUGUUUUUUUGAUGGGAAAUCAAUGGAAAAAUCAAAACAACUUCCUUUCUCUUUUG